CCAUCAUCUGAACACUCAGCUGGCCUCCACUAGUUUAUGACAACAACGACUCUGUCGACAAUGUUCACAUCUUGACUGUUGGCCCCCAAAACUGCUCUAACUCUCUAUUAGUCCGUUGCCUGUUUAUCAUUUGAAGUUGUACAUCAUGGAGCCGUCUGCGCCCAAAAGCAAGCUGAAAAAGCUGAGUGAAGACAGUCUGACCAAACAACCAGAGGAAGUGUUUGAUGUUUUAGAGAAACUCGGUGAAGGCUCCUAUGGUAGCGUGUUUAAAGCCAUCCAUAAGGAGUCGGGCCAGGUGGUGGCCAUCAAGCAGGUUCCUGUGGAGUCUGAUCUGCAGGAGAUCAUCAAGGAGAUUUCCAUCAUGCAGCAGUGUGACAGCCCUUAUGUGGUGAAGUACUAUGGCAGCUACUUCAAAAACACAGACCUGUGGAUUGUCAUGGAGUACUGUGGAGCCGGCUCUGUCUCUGACAUCAUCAGACUGCGCAACAAGACGCUGACUGAGGAUGAGAUUGCCACUAUCCUAAAGUCGACGUUGAAGGGUCUUGAAUACCUUCACUUCAUGAGGAAGAUCCAUCGGGACAUCAAGGCAGGAAACAUCCUCCUCAACACGGAGGGACACGCCAAACUGGCAGACUUUGGAGUUGCUGGACAACUAACGGACACUAUGGCAAAGAGAAAUACUGUGAUCGGUACUCCGUUCUGGAUGGCCCCAGAGGUGAUCCAGGAGAUCGGCUAUAACUGCGUGGCUGACAUCUGGUCCCUGGGCAUCACGUCCAUAGAGAUGGCAGAGGGCAAACCUCCCUACGCCGACAUCCAUCCUAUGAGAGCAAUCUUCAUGAUCCCGACCAACCCUCCUCCCACGUUCAGGAAGCCGGAGCUUUGGUCAGACGACUUUACAGACUUUGUCAAGAAGUGUCUGGUCAAGAAUCCAGAGCAGAGAGCGACUGCCACUCAGCUACUGCAGCACCCGUUUAUCAGCCAAGCCAAGCCGGUCACAAUCCUGAGAGACCUGAUUACUGAGGCCAUGGAGAUGAAAGCCAAGAGGCAGCAGGAGCAGCAGAGAGAGCUGGAGGAGGAGGACGACAACUCUGAGGAGGAGACGGAGGUGGACUCUCACACGAUGGUGAAGUCGGGCUCAGAGGGCGCAGGAACCAUGCGGGCCACCAGCACCAUGAGUGACGGAGCACAGACCAUGAUCGAACAUGGCAGCACCAUGCUGGAGUCAGACCUGGGCACUAUGGUCAUCAACAGUGAUGAUGAUGAAGAGGAGGAGGAAGACCAGGGCUCCAUGAGGAGACACGCCACGCCCCAGCAGCCGAUACGUCCGUCCUUCAUGGAUUACUUUGACAAACAGGACUCUAACAAGGCGGCCCAGCAGCAGGAGAACUACAACCACAACCAGCCCCAGGAGCAACCCGGCUACCACAUCCACUCCAAGAACGUCUUCCCCGACAACUGGAAGGUGCCUCAGGACGGAGACUUUGACUUUCUGAAGAACCUGGACUUUGAAGAGCUGCAGUUGCGCCUGACAGCCUUGGAUCCCAUGAUGGAGAGGGAGAUUGAGGAGCUCAGGCAGCGCUACACCGCCAAAAGGCAGCCCAUCCUGGAUGCCAUGGAUGCCAAGAAGAGACGGCAACAGAACUUCUAAGUCCCUCUCGUCACGGUUUCCCAAAAGCCGCCAUCACCACUAAACUUACGUCCCAUUGACUCAGAGGAACUAAGAUGACCUUGUUGUCCUUGUUGGAAGCCCACUGCUGUUCUGACUGACUGCUGACCGGCCUUUAGAUGAAGUUAGAACCAUUUUGGGUCCUGGGGACUACUCGUCUGCCUUGUUUCUACACUAUGUCCGGAUGCUGUUCCUCCAUUUUAAAUCUUCUGUUUCUUCUUGUAGAGUUGCUUUCCCAUGAAUGAUACUCAGGAUUGCGGCCAAAGAGAGAACUACGGCCCUGAAAGUCACAUGAAAUUCCAAAUGAAGUUAUGUCACACAGAAAACCCUGUGGGAAUCCCCUCAACACAUGAGGAAGCCUCUCCUCUGGCGGCAGCAGCAGCAGAAUAAUCACAGUGACAAGUGGUCUUAGUUCCUUGGACUUUUCACCUUCUAUGUAAAUAUAAUAUAGAGCCUAGUUUGGAAAUACCUACAACAAAAAGCUGUGGAGGCUUGUCCAUGACCAAAGACAAUCAAGAGGAUGUUGAUUUAGUUAUGAAUGCCUUAAAAUGUUUGAAACCUGGUUUUAAAAUAAGCAAUGUAACAAAACAACCAAGUCGUCAGGUGGUUAAAUCCAUAUUCUCACUUGGAGACCAGUUGGACUGUAGAAAGCUGCAAGAAUGGGCAGAAGUGACAGAAUUCAGGUGGGUGGUGAAGAACGGAUCAUGCAUGUUUCCAUGGCGGACAAGAAAAUUCUAGACUUAUUUCAUUAGUCUUAAUAUCAUUUGUUUAAUUAUGUUGGUUUGGGCUUAUUUUAAACAUCCAGUGCACUGUCUAUUUUGACUCCACAGAUGUUGAUGCCUCAUAACACCCUCAUGAAUUUAAAAUCAGAGCUUAUACUUGAUAAUGAUCCACCACACUUGGUUGGCAUCAACAAUUCAUUCCUUAUUUCCAUACUAGAGCUGCAAUGAUUCGUUGACUUAAUGAUUAGUCGAUAAUCAAUUAAUUGUUUAACUCAUUUUUCAUGUAAGAAUGUCAAAAAAAGCUAUCUUAAAUCUUGUUUUAAUGGUUUAUGUCAUACUAAACUGAUUAUUUUUGGUUUUUGAAUGACAAAACAAGACAUUUAAAGACAUCACCUUGGAACUGGAGAAAUUAGGAUGGACAUUUUUCACAUUUAUAGACCAAAUCAGCUCUAUUCCAUACAAGUGAAAGCAUUCCAAAAUACUGUAUGACUUCUAUUUUAUUGUCCCUGGAGUCUUCAAAAACCCUUCAGACGUAUUUCAACGUUCUAAUGAUUAUGAUUUAUAUUAUUGUUCCACACUAUGAUUGAUUAUGGUCAGAUUCUAAUAUAAUUUUCUGAAACAUUUGACUUGUCGAGUUGUUUUGUAUGCGAAGAAGUGAAGGAAACCAAGUAGCCGGGAACAACUUAUCCUAUAAAAAGUUUUAUUGCUGUAGUCCAAGAAAAAAAAAGUUGAGAAGACAGAACAACAGAUCCUCUGCAUCAGCCACACACCUUAUGUCUGAAUUUUAGACUCAUUCUUGAAAUUGCAUUAAGAUUCUUUCAGCAAACAUCCCUGCAGCUUAUAUCUAUGUUUCAGUUUUCUGACAUUUAAGUUUGAUUAUUAAUGAAGGAGAGAAGAUAUCCUGUUUCUGCUAUGAGCAAAAAAACUGUUUACACAAAACUUCUUGUGUUGUUCCUUAAACAAAUUUAAGGAAAAUCAAAACUGGUUGUUUAUAUCAUAAGUUUAUCCUUAAAAAUAUAUAAACAUUGACUGUUAUCAGAUUCUCAGCUUUCAAAUAACGACCAUUAUUGGCAUUUAAUUGGCGUUUUAUUCCUCAAUUUUGAAUGUUUGAUUGAAAACUCUUGCAACUCAAACAUCAUGAAAGAAACAAAGUGGUUUAGUUUUGACAUUGAUUUUACACACGUGCUAAUAAUGACCUUUUGAAUGAAUUAUGACUGUUUAUUAUAAAAGAAAUGUACAACAUGUCUGCAGGUUGCUGUUACAUAUGAAUGUUAAUAUGCAGUCUGGAUGGUUCAGCCCAUACUUAAUGCAUAUUAAUCGAUAUUUUGAUAAUCUUACAAAUACAUCUGUUACACAAUUAUUACACUCUUAUGUCUCUGAAGGACAAUGUGGCCAAAAUGAGUCGACAUUUUAAACACCUGAAUCUUUAUGUCAAUCAGUACUGUCUCAGUUUUUGAAUGAUCAUGUCUGAAUGUUUUUCUGUUUGACUUCUUUGGGGUUUUUUACCUUUCACUUUACAGAAAUCAUUAACAUUCUUGCCACAAAUUGUCUUUGUUUAUUAAUUCUGCAGUGCAACUUACACACAAGCAUUCACUCUUUAUUUAUUAAAUGUUUUUCUUUUGAUGACACUGGUUUAAAUAUGGUAGCUGAUUUGGCUGUUAAUAUUUCUGCCCUUUGUCAAAUAUUUGUGGCUUGAUUUCUGCGUGUUCUAGACUAUGCAUGUUUAUAAUUAUGUUUGCUAUUUAGUGGAUUGCUGUUGUAUUAAAUGCACGGGUAAUAAAUGACUCUGUGUAAUAAAAAAAAGCCCCAUUUGAAAUACGACAUUGCAGAUAAU